CAGUGAUGAGAUGAUAUUUAAAAUGAAAUUUAGUUUUAAACAUGAGAAAUUGUCAAAAAAUUAAAUAGCUCUUUUUUAAAGGCUCAUCUAAAUUUUGGAAAAAAGAGCAGUAAUGAUAAAUUUUGAUUACAUUAAAACAUAUUCAAUAAUUAAAAAGAGAAUCAGUAAUGUAGUUGCUAAAGAAAUACUAUAAUUGAACUAAAGAUCUUAUGAAUUACAUUCCAUCUAAUCAAUUAAUGGAGAUAAUUAGAAAGGGAGUUUAGUUAGGGCAAUAUAAGAAUUGAAAAUCAAAAAUAUCACUCAAUAAAUCAAUGAAUCAUAAUAUACAACAUCAAAUACAAAAGAGGAAUUAAGAAAAAUUAUUGAAUUAGAUAGAAGAAGAAAAUGUGUAAAACUAAAUUUAAAAGAUAAUUAGAUAGUCCCAAAAUCUAAUGAAGAAAAAAUUUAUGAAGCUUGCCUGGCUGUUAUAUUUAUAACUUUCUUCUUUGCUCUUUUUUAUACAAUGGUCCAUGAAUUUAAAAAUUGA